GUUGGAGGCGGCCGCCCCCGCGGAGUCCUUCGCGGUCACCGGCUCGCACGAGGCCCUGGGCGGCUGGAGCCCCCGCGCGGGGCCGCGCCUGGAGUGGUCCGGGGACGCGUGGGUGACGCCGCGGCCGGUCGCGGUGCCGGCGGGCCAGCGGGUCGAGUACAAGUUCGUCAAGCUCACGCCAGGGAGCGUCGAGUGGGAGAGCGGGCCCAACCGCGCCCUGGACGUGCCCCCCUUCGAGUCCGAGCUGCACCUGAAGGGCGCCUUCAACGGCGGCAGCACGGUCCGCGUCGCGGAGCCGGGGGCUGCCCUGCAGGCGGGGCCCGAGGCCAGAGCUGCGGACGCCUGGAGGCAGCGGCACGAGGAGGCCGUUCGUGCCCAGGCAGAGCUCCGGCGCGACCUGGCGGAGCGGCGGGCGGGGCACGAGCGCGAGAUGCAGCGGCGGGCCGAGACGGCAGCCCUCCUCCGCACCGAGAUCGCGGCCGCACGCCGAGAGGCAGCCCGGCUGGAGCACGAGGCCGGGGCGGCGCCGGCAAAGGAGGACCCGGCACCGGUCGGGGCGCACGAGCCGCAACAGCCGGCGGGGGCCUCGCUGCAUGCGCGGGCGGCCACGGGAGCCAGCGAGGGCGUCGCAGCCGCACCUGCUGGCGUUGCCGAAGGAUCGGGCGGACAGCCCGCCAUCCAGCGCGCGCCCCCGCCGCAGUUCGACCUCGGCCACCUGGGCGCCUGGAGGCGCACCACGAGCGGCCCUCUGGGGCUGCGGCACCGUCAAGAAGAGCAGGCGGCCCCCUGCCUCCGCUCGGCGGCGGCGCCUGCAGCGGCCGCGCUCACUGGCGCACGCCUGCGGGCUGGGACCUACACCCUGGAGAGGCCGCUGCCGGCCCCGGCC